GGGACCACACCAUGGAGCUGCUGCGGCUGCUGCUGGCGCUGGCUGGGACAGGCACAGCCCUGGGCCUGGCCCUGCUGCCCUACGUGCCCCACGUACCCACCGUGGCGCUGCCAGGGAAGCUCACGGCCACCACCUUCACCCUGGAGAGACCCAACUGCAUCUUCGAGCAGGAGGCUGAGGCUCCCGAUGCCGUGUGGCUGGUGGUGGCGUUUGCCAACGCCAGCAGCCUGAGCACCAUCGACCCCCUGCCCGUGCACCGCAGCAGCACCGUGGUGGUCAUCACCUCCAUCCUCGCCAGCCUGGGGGCUGUGCUGGCCGCCGCGGUGCUCAGUGCCGUGGGCUCCAAGGCGUGGGGGUCCCUGUGCCGCAGGGAUUCAGGGACCAGCACCCACCGAUCCUACAGGACCCACCACAUCCCCCCAGCGCUGCCCCGGCCCCCCGGAUGCCGCUGCACCCCCCCGGGGCUGGGCUGCUUUGCCCCCCGGCCUCCUGCUCCGUGUCCUGCCGAGUAAACUCCCUCUUCACA